AUGAAACUUUUUUUAUUCGUCUUAUUGCUUAGUAGUGUUCUAACUAGUGCAAAACAUUAUAAAUGUAAUAACAAACUUUCUUGUGGUUGUGGUUCAUCAAAUGUUGAAAUAAAUGCAUAUAUUAUCAAUGGUGAACAAGCGAUACGAUGUAGUUGGCCAAUGAUUGUAUCACUACGCUAUGAUUUUAUUCAUAAGAAUUUAUCAAAACAUAUUUGUGGAGGAACUAUUCUUACUGAUUUAUAUAUUCUCACUGCAGCUAGUUGUUUUGAAGUAAUAAUUGAUGAUAUAAAAUUAGCGAAUAUAAGUAUUGCUGUUGGUAUACAUAGUAGAUCUGAAUCAAAUCAAAUCAUACGAAAAGUUGAUCAAAUUAUAAUUCAUCAAAAUUGGACACGUUCACAAAAUAUAUAUCAUCAUGAUAUUGCUUUACUUCAUUUAUCUCAACCACUUAAUUUUCAUAUGAAUUCUUGUAUAACACAAACAUGUCUUCCAUCACAAUUAAAUACUUCCGAAGAAUUGAUGCAAUAUCCAUCAGCAGAUAAAUCUUUAGUUGUUGUUGGAUGA